CACGUGAUUAAUAAUACAAUGAGAGUUACAACCUUCUUCUUUAUUUCACAACAAUUAUAAUAUAUGUAAAAUUACUUUUCAAGUCUAUAUAUUGUAAAUAUAUAAUUAUAUGUGUUUAGCUUUUUGAAAAUAGAAAACCCGAUUCGACAGAUUGAACCCGUCAAACCAAUAGCUAUUCCGAUAUCAGAUCCAGUAUUCAAAACAUUGCCUCUACGCCUAUAAAUUAAAACUCUCUCUUCUUUAAACUUCCACCCAAAAUCACACUGCCUCUCAUCAUAUAAUUGGAACUAAAAAAUUUAAAACAGCAAACGCCGUCGUUUCACGAUGCUCUCUUCUUCCCCAACCUUCUUCACUCCUCCAUUUCUCUCCUCCCUCUCACCACCGUCUCGAACUUCCCGGAUAUCGCCGCCUCUUUCCGCCACCACCUCUUCCUUCCACACCCCGCAGCGAUCGUCGGCGACGGCGUCUCUCUACGAGAUCCUCGAAAUUCCCGUAGGCUCGACGAGCCGAGAGAUCAAAUCGGCUUACCGGCGGCUGGCCAGAAUCUGCCAUCCCGACGUGGCGGGAAACGGUCGGUCGGCGGACGAGUUUGUGAAGAUCCACGCUGCGUAUUGCACGCUCUCUGAUCCCGAGAAACGCGCCGUUUACGAUCGGAGGAUGCUUCGUCGGAGCGGCACGUUGAGUGUUGGUGUUUCUCGUUACGGCAGUUACGUCGGAAGGAACUGGGAAACUGAUCAGUGCUGGUAGCGACUUGACUCGGUGUUCGAGUAUAUCAUAACCAAAGUGCAUUAAAUUGGUUUUCGUGGAUUAGUGCAAAAUCCAGAGAUUAAUGGGUUGUAAAUGAUAAAUACGUAUAAAUGUGUGUAUAACUAGUUGCUUAAUAUGGGGUAUUGGCGAUAAGCAUAACGCUAAUAAUAUCCUUUGAUUUUAUAUUAUAUUUUUUUAAAGUUCAACAAAGUGUAUCCGCUUGUACCACCACGUAGGAUCAACGCGUUGUGUGAAAUCUUAUCCCUAAAAACUAAAAAUGAAGAUGAUGCUUAUGACAGU